AUGGCCGAAGGAAAAACACAAGAUAUCCAGCUACAUGCAAGAAACUCAGAGACGAUGGCCACCGCUGCUUAUACCACACAGUCAACAAGGGAGAACAAGUGGAAUGUCGAAUGUGGCGUGUGCUGCGUUGGAAAAGCAGAAGGAGGGAGGGAAAAAAAGAAGUCCUGGCUGGUAUUCGAACCAACGGCAAAAAAAAGUGAGGAGCUAGGUGACGAGCGCUAUCCAGCUCAAGGCUGGAGUGACCUGACUACGCCAUCCUGCCCCUCUUGA